AUGCAGGUCAUGAGAGAUCAAGAACCCCAGUUUUUUUUUAGGUUCUACCGCAUGUCGCCGCAGCUUUUCGACAAGCUACACCGGCUUGGUGCCGAGAGGCUGACGAAACAGCACGUCGUGCGGGAGCCGAUCACCUCCGGCGAGCGCCUGGCGAUGACGUUGAGGUACUUAAGCUCUGGCAAUCCCAUCAUGGAUAUCGCCAUGGAGUUCCGGGUGGGCCUUGAGACGGCCCGUGAAGCAAUUCACUUGACGUGUCGGGUGUUGUGGGAGGAGCUGGCCCCCCGUUACAUGAAGCCUCCCAGUGAACAAGACUGGCAAACCAUCGCAGAUGCCUAUUGGAUGCGGUGGCAAUUCCCAAACUGCCUUGGGGCUGUCGAUGGGAAACAUGUGCAGGUUGAAGCACCAGCCAACUCGGGCAGCCUCUACCACAAUUACAAGGUAUAG